AUGCGGAUCGUGAUUUUCAUCACGUACCACUGUCAUGCGCAUAAGAUUUCAUUUAGAUUUGCAAUGCAAUUCAUGCAGCUAUGUAACGUUAUUGUGGUGCUGGUGCUUCAUUGCACCAGAAGUGGAUCAUCUCAAUUUGAAACCUUUCUCUCUGACAACCCGCACAACCCGCCACAACUGGACGAACAAUUUGCUACAGAAAUGAGACGGAACGGACUUCACGCAGAGAUUGUGGGAGAAGUGGCCGAUGAUAAGAGUAAUUGUCGGAAAAUGCUGAUGGACUACACAGCCUAUAUUGACGGGACAGUAUUUGAGGCGGCAAUCAAGCCAAUCGAAGAAGAACUGAUGACACUGAGUAAAGGGACGAUUUUCAAUGAUACUCUCAGAUCCACGCUAUAUCGAAAGAUGAAGGCAGCUGCACUGGACGUCCACGAGGUGCGGAAUUACUGA